AGCAACAAGAAACGGCCACACUGACCAAAAUAAAAUAAAAAUCGCACGCAAAAUAAGUGGCAAGCAACAUUCUGUGAUCGAAUUAGUCCAAGUUAAGCAGCGCAAACCAGCCGGAGGAGCCAAAGAUGAGCAGCCAGCGCGGCAAUGUAAGUCGCACACGUGCGCAGAAGCACAAAAAUCGUCAUGUUUUCAAAAACGAUCUGCACGACAAGACGCCGCAGCAGCUGCGCCUGAAUGCGAUGCACGUGUCCACGGUGUGCCAGCGGUGCAAGGAGCAGAUCGAGUGGAAGAUCAAGUACAAGAAGUACAAGCCGCUGACGCAGGCCAAGGUCUGCGCCCACUGCAAGGAGCGGUCGGUGAAGAAGGCCUACCAUGUGGUAUGCAGGGACUGCGCCAUAAAGGCGAAUGCAUGCGCCAAGUGCCUGAAGAGCGCCACUGAGGUGGCCAUCGAGGAGCCGCAGCCGACGCCGCGCGAGGAGCAGCAGCUGCAGUCAGAGAUGGACCGGCUGGUCAAGUCGUUCUCGGAGCGCAAGCGACGCGCCUUCCUGCGCUACAUGCGGAAGGGUAAGAAGAAGGAGAAGGACCCCAGCGAGGAGCAGCUGGACGAGCGGGAGCUAGAGAGCCAGGAGAAGGCCAAACGGGUGGCGCACACACGCGACGAGCUGCUGGACAAGAUCAAGCAGUUGAAUCUCGCCGGCGAAGGUGACGAGGACGAGGAUGACUCGGACUUCGAUUCCGAGGAGGACUACGAAGACUCUGAGUUCGACUCCGAUGCAGAGGACGACGACAGCGAAGAGGAGCCACAGAAACCUGCUACCAAGGCGAAAUAAACAUACUUUUUUUCACUUAGUCCUAAUUAGUUUAGCUACUUGGUAGAGCAGGAUAAAGUGAACCUGGAGCACCGAUUCCAGGCUAAACGAAGCUUGUUAAGCGGAUGGGCACAGGAGGAAGGUAUCCUGCCCACAUAGCGUUUUCGUGGAGUUGUUGUCUGUUGAAGAGCAGCCCACCAGGCUAAAUAAACCAAUUUUUUUCAAGAA